UUAUCUGAAAGCACAUUACAAUAAUGCUUAAAAAAAUUGGUUAGUACCAAGGCGUGCUGAUUACAAGAAAACGUGAAGUAUUAUAGCCUUUUGCAAUGCUAAGCUGAUGUGGACGGGGUGUUUCCGAUGGAGCACAAGCUCCAGGCAAUGUAUAGGAAUGGACAAGGAGAGGAAAUGACAGCUACAACAACAAGAAACAAGCCCGCCACUAUUUGGCUUCUGCGUGUGCUAACAAUAACCUAAGCAGUGAACUAUAUGAUAGUAAAGCUAGCCUUGGACAUUAUUGGUCCUGCUCAUUAUUUUUUCCAGCCCCGGGUAAGUUCCAUGCAAUUUUCUGAACUGAGAUUAAGAUAAACUAUCCGUAUUGGGCUACAACUUGAGCCCAAUUGGAGCACUCUGUCCAAAUUUUGUUGCUUCUCAGAUCUAAUACAUGAAAAAAUGAAGUGGUGUAGAAGUUUAAGCCCUUCAAGAAUUAAUAACUUAACUAUGUGCAUGGGCCAGAUGCUGCAUAAAUUACAAAUAGCUGAUUCAUAUGGGAACAAGAACAAUGGUACUAAUGCAUUGUUUAAGAAUGUACAAUCUAGAGGACUACAAAUCAUGAUAUAGCACGGACACCCAAAGGGAUCAAGUUUUACUAACUAACAAGGGACUGAACCAGGAAGAAUAUUACUACCAAAACAGAAGCUAUAUACUGUUGCCUGCUUCAAGGUGCUGAAAUGAGACUCACGAUUCUUACUGAAGGUAAGUGCGAAAGGUUCCAGUUUCAGUCUUAGUGUUGUCCAACAAACAAAAAAACAUUACAUCAUGAUAAUAUUUGUCUGUUACUUAGAAGCACCUUCAGGUAAAUUAUGGUACACACACUGACAAAGGAAAAUGGCAAAAACAAAGUUGAAAGCGACGUACUCUAAAUUCACUAGAAUAUGGGCGUAAACAAACAAGACGAUGCAACUCGGGGCAGUUUCUAAGGACAACAUUAGUUUUAUACUCAUGAUUCUCUCUUGGCUGCAUCCACAUACCAACUCUCUUCAAAUCAACAUUCUUUUCCUGUAUGUGGCUACUUGAAACCAGCAUUUGACAACUCCUUUGAGUUACAUCAUCUUAGCUAUAAUGGUUGCUCUAGAAAUAGCAGGAUGGGUAGCCUCACCCUUCAUCAGCAGGCUAGUUGAUAAGGUGUGCUCCUAUGCUGGAGAUCAGGGGCAACAGCAAAAUACAACGGAGAAACUAAGAAUCGUGCAGAAGAAACUAUCAUCAAUCCAAAUAACGUUGGGCUCCUUUGAUUCACAGGGUUUGAGAAGCGUAGGAAUAGGAAACAUACAGGAACAGGAUGUACUGUCAACUGAAAUCCUACGUCAGGUAGCAAAACAGAGGAUUUUUUCCAUGAAGUCCAACCUCAUGCUUGUUUUCCUGUGAAAAUGAACUAAGAAGUUCCUAUAGGAUUAGUUCCCGAGGAAUGCAAUCCAGCGAAUCAAACAGCACGUAAAGGAAAAAUUCCAGAGGGUGUCAAUCCUGUAAAAUUCCUCUGCAAAUCCUAUGAAUCAAAGGAGGCCUAGCAUAGUUGAGAGAGUGCAAGCUAGGAACACAACCAUGGGAAGCUGGCUACAGAGAAUCAAAGAUGCUGCUUUUGAGGCUGAGGAUGUUCUUGAUUCCUUUCACUGUCUAGUUCUUCAAGCACAAGAUGAAGACAAGGGCAAGGUUAGUUCUGUUGCUUCACCCACAGCUGGUUCUUCCUCUACAUCCACAACCAUCACCACCACUGCUUCUACCAUCACUAGCAGCGGCUCAGCUGUAAAACAGCCGGUUUGUGUACGCAAGCGCUUCCAUUUCUCGGAUGAGCAUAUCAACAAGUUAAUUUCUGCAGUGGAUAGAUUAGUUGAGAUUGAAAGUGAGAUGCCCAUGUUCCUGAAGUUAGUGGAGCUAGAGGACAAGAGAUCAGACCAACCCAUUCAGCAGCGUACAACAACAUCCAUGCAAGGCCCCUCAAAGUUUUUUGGUCGGGUCAAUGAAGAGAAACAUCUAAGGCAAUUACUUACGCAGAUAAAUGAAGAAUCCAGUCAGCCAUAUGAUGUUAUAUCAGUUGUUGGCAUUGGUGGUGUUGGUAAGACUGCAUUAGUGCAGAAAAUUUAUAGCCACCUCCAUGCUAAAAGUGACUUCAGUCUCACGAUAUGGCUCCAUGUCUCAGAAAAGUUUGAUGUCGGACGUCUAACGAAAGAAAUGGUACAGUCGGAUAAUCUCACCAUAUCCGCUGACUUGAAAAGCAGUAGUUUAGAUCAAGCUCAACGGAUACUUCAAGAAAAGCUGAAUGGGAACAGGAUUUUGAUAGUCCUUGAUGAUGUAUGGAAUGAAUUGAGCAGCCAAUGGGAGAACCUAUGCAAACCCCUGCGGUUUGCUGGUAAGGGAAGCAAAGUAAUAGUUACAACUCGAAGUAAAAAUGUUGCAAGCAUGAAUGAAUCAACAGAGAUCAUGCACUUACAAGGCUUAGAAGAUGAAGACUACUGGGGUUUCUUUUCACAGGGUGCAUUCGGUGAUGCAAAUCCUUCUGAUUUUCCACAACUGGAAAAAAUUGGCCGAGAGGUGAUGAGCAAGUUGUCGGGAUCACCUUUAGCAGCAAAGACAGUUGGAGGUUCAUUGAAACCGAAGCUAGAAGAAAAACAUUGGGAGGCUAUCUGUGGAAGGAACUUGUGGCAAAUAGAGCAAAAGGAAGAUGAUAUUAUACCAGUAUUGCGACUGAGUUAUGAGCAUCUUCCUGACCAUUUGAAGCAAUGUUUUGUUUACUUUGCAUUGUUUCCUAAGAAAUACCACCUUCGAGGAGAUGAGCUAAUACAGAUGUGGAGAGCUCAUGGUUUCCUUGACACGCAAACACCAGAUGAAACUGCACAUCAAUAUAUCAAUGAUCUCUUGCAGCUUUCAUUCAUUGAGAAGGUACCCAACCAAGAGGACCACCAUGUAGUUCACAACUUGCUACAUGAUUUUGCAGAGUCAAUCUCCAAUGGAGAACACUUCCGAAUAGACGAUGACUUUGAGAAGAAUUCAAGAAAUGUAUGUAUUCCGAGAAAUGUUCGUCACCUAUAUGUCACUGCAAGCAAUAUCUUGUACAUGAGUUUGGAAGAAUUCAAAGAAUCAAAAAGAAAUCUGAGAAGCUUAAUAAUAAGCAAUGCACAAGAAGGUUCUUCCAGCAAAAGGAUCGCCUCGUCAAACUUCAACCAUGUUCUUGAUCAGACACUCCAAGAGCUAAGAAGCUUAAGGGUCUUAAUACUGCACAAUCCUGAUGGUAUUUUCCCAGACAAUAUCGGGCAUUUGGUCCACCUUAGGUACCUAAACAUCCAUGAAAGUAGGAGCUUUAUCAACGUUCCCGAGUCAUUAUUCAAACUCUACAAUUUACAUGGCUUGAAUGUGCAAGUUCACCAAGAAAAAACCAUGAAGAGAGAACUUCAAGAGGGCUUAAGCAGGCUGACCCAGUUAAGAUACUUAAAGGGGCCAAAGGAAAUAAUUUCUGGCAUAGAAUGGAUUGGCAGGCUAACAUCCCUUGAGGAAUUAGAGGAGUACAAAGUGAAGAGUAAUAUAACGCAGGGAAGAAGCAUAUGCCAACUGGGAGAGUUGAAUGAACUUCGAGGGAAGCUAAUCAUAACAAAUCUUCAGAAUGUGAUGCAGGAAAGAAGCAAAUGAGGCAAAAUUA